AUGUCUAUGAUGAACACUAUUAUUAAUGGUGAUGGUGGUGGUGAUGCUGCUGCUGCUGCUGCUACAAGUGCAAGGGGUACUGUUAGCAAGAGAGUCCCCGGGAUGCCAUUGAUCAGUGGACGGAACAAGGACAGAGAUCAUGAAGAUCUUAUUCUAUUCCGGGAGUUGCACAAACGCCAAAAAGAACGAAAUAUUCUCAGCCUCCUCCAACCUGUUUCUGAUGAGUUUGAGCCCACUGGAAAUUAUCAGCUCUACAGAACUGCAGCUGCCCAGAAAGGAUCUGGAUUUGAAUAUCUUGCUGAAAACGACAAAAACGAUUAUGAUUGGUUGAAAACACCUCCCGCCACUCCUCUUUUUCCAUCUCUAGAAAUGGACACAAAUGGCCCUGAACUCGUCAUUCAAAGGGAAAUACCAAUCCUCCAGCCUCUUUCACGGGAAAUGAGACUUGGGAAUGGGAAACCAAUUGUUUUCUCAUGUUUGGUAAGUCUAGGUAUAGGAAAUCGUUGCCUAGCUCAUGGGAAAAUAAGGGGGAAGGUGAAGUCAUCCUCCUAA